ACGUGUAAACGCCGUCGUCUACGCAAUCUUCUUUGAGAAACACACACAUCCGCGCGCGCGCGCGUGCGAGGAUCGCCGCGAUUAAAGACCCGGAAUAAUCUGGAAAGCGGUGUGCAGGCGUUCGCAAGUGGAAGCUCCGUGUCGCGCGACCGGUGAUCUUUUCUCACUUCCAUUUUGGUGAAGCAAGUGGCUUUUGCGAGUCGAAUUGUCGGCGUGUAUGCUUCUGCACAGAGCACGUUUUCGGCGGCAGUUCUUUUUUUCUUUCUCUCGGCGCCGAUUUCGACACCGAAGGUGUCAGCUUUGGGAAACCUAGGGAGGAGCCGAAUUCAAGGAGUCGAAGGAGUGCUGUGACUGUCCCGAGGGGGGCGGAGAACCAUUUUGGGAAGGAGCGAAUUGAAGCGGCGUCACUUUUGACACGUUCCUUUGCCACCAGUGCCUUUCACUUCGCGCGGAUAUUCGUUGAUUUUAAUUCGGGAGAAAAAGGAAAUUAGAAGAAAGUAAAUUUUUUUGGAGUACCGUCGCGGGAAAGAACAUUUUUGUUUUGUAAAAAAGAAGAAAAGUGUCGGGUGCCGAUCUCUCGAUUGUACAGGCAAUAGUGCUUUUUUUUUCACCGUCGAAAACGCUCUCUUCCAUUAAAUUUCGGGAUCUUCGGAAUCUCCGGACUCUUCGUGACUUUUCGGCGAAACAUGAAGCUGGUAGCCGCGAGCUUACCCGAUAGAAUUAGUGAUCAUCGUGACACAUAUUUAAUAUUAUUUUCGCGACGACCAUACGUUUUGGACACUUUAUCCGCUGCUGUGUUGUCUCGCAAACUUCAGAAACGAUAGUGACGUAGACAGUGAACAGGAUGUUCAGUUUUCAUAAACCAAAGGUGUAUCGAUCUAGUACAGGCUGCUGUAUUUGCAAAGCCAAAUCUAGCAGCUCGAGAUUCACAGAUAGUAAAAAGUAUGAGGAUGACUUUAUACUAUGUUUUCAACUUGACGAGAGGCGUAGUGGAGAGAUAUGCAAUGCAUGUGUGCUUCUAGUAAAGAGAUUUAAGAAGCUACCUCCAGGAAACGAACGCAACUGGAGACAUGUUGUGGAUGCACGUGCUGGUCCUGGUAUUAAGUCGCUAACAAAAUUCAAGGCAAAGAAUAAAAGAAAACUUAAAGAUAAAUCUGACAAACUUGCCAAAAAGAAACAUGUCUUUGUAAAAACAGAAGCAGAUCGGGAACAAAGUCCACCAAUGAGCGAUGAUUUGAAUGAAGAUUAUAGAUUGACGGACAGUAAAGCUUCGAGUAGAUCAGAAAGUAUCUCGGACGACGACGAUGACAUUGGCUCUAAUGAAAAACAAUUAGAUCUUGUUCAAGAUCGAGAUAUAAAUGAAGAUGAUAUUGAUUUCUUGGAUUCUUCUUAUUAUAAAAGAGAAAUCACUUGCUGUGGCAGCAUUUUUAGAGGUGCCAAUGGUGAGGUCAUAAUGUAUCCGUCUAAUCUGAAAUCUUGCGUAAAUACUACCAGGCAGCAGCUCAUUACUUCUUUAGCAGUCGCCAGUCCUACUCACAGUUCUGCGUCCACCAGUCCCGUUCAUAGCGUCGAAUCGCCAUCAUCAAGUCCAGAAACAAGUUCGAAACAAACCAAGACCGAUAGCGACUCCUCGUCCGAUUCCGGUUACGAUGAAUCCUCUAAUCAGGGUGAGAGCAAAAUAGCGAAGAAUGUCCAAGUUCAGGCGGAUGUGAAAAUGAUCGAGGAAGCUGUAAGACCCAUAGAACUUGAUCAAUUAUCAAGUUGCAAAACCUUACAACCUGUCAACGUUACUAAUCAGUCACUUCAGUCGGUCUCCAAUUAAUGUCGGCCCUUUAUAGAGGGUUAAUUUAUUCCUUACUUGUGAAGACACACACGCAUAAAUAUGUACAUAUGUAUACAGGGUGUCUAUUAGAUAAUUUUUUAAUCGCAGUUUUCAAUAGAAUUUUCAAUCUAGAGAAUUUUUCCUCAACGAAAAGUUCUAAUGUUUUAAUUCUGUGAUACAUAAAGUAAAUUUUUUAUAUCCAAUUCUUGCAGUAGUCACUUCCUAUUCCUUUUAAAUAAAAAAUUUUUCGAAUUUCAACUUAGAGACGAUUUUUCUUUAUGGAGAAUAUUUAAAUUUUAAUCUUGUAAUAAUACUUUAAAAAUCCUCUUUAUAUUGUUUAAACUUUAAACUAUUUUUUAUUUUAUCAUGUUGUAUAUACAUGAAGAUAAAUAAUAUAAAAAGUUAUUUCUUUAACAAAUUUUUUAUGGAAGUUUAAGGAAGAUGUUUUACAGUUAGUCAAUUCUAAAAACAAAAGAAACUUUUAAGCAUGAUGAAUUUUUCUCUCGAAAGUAAGAUUGUUGAUGAGUAGUGUUCGAAACAUUUCUAUAGGAAUCCUUGUAAUUCUUUCAUUAAAAAUUCUGUGAAAUUAAUACAUCUAAACAUAAAAUACAGUAAUUUGUUGCAGUAGAACCCUGUAUAUACGAUUAGAUAUAAGCUAAUGUGAAUUAAGUGCACUAUUUGUAGGCAGCAAAGUGGCUCUGAAACCUUCGCUUGCGCGCGGAGGUUUGAAUGCCAUUUGGCAUUUAUUGUGCUAAUUGUAAUAAUUAGAAUUAAUUGUAGCGAUGGACUGACGUAAACCGCCAUUUCUCGGGCUGUUAAUUUUUAAGUCUUAUAUUAAGCAAUAUAAACACACAUCAAAGGUCUGUGAUGAUAUUGUAAAGUAAGAGAUGCUCAGAUUUCUUAUGCCGAGCAGCGGUCCGAACUGGCGGUUUAUGUACUCGCUUUUCUAACACGUCAAGUGCCACCGCUCUUAAAGGGGAAACCAUACGUGCUGAGACAACCGAAGAUAAUGUCAAAACAAGUCAAAUUAAUGAAAGAUAAAUUAAUGAAAAAAUGUUUACUUUAACAAAAUUUUUGAAUUAUAGAAUUAAAUAUAUUAAAUAAUUACGUGUAGAAAUAUCGAAGUUUAAAAGUUUCAAAUUUUAUGAAAAUAUUCUCUUAAAAAUGAGAAUUUUUUAUUUUGUGUAUAAAUUUCAAGGUUUUAAAUUUCUUAUAUUUAACUCUCAGGGUACACUAUAAAAACGUUACAAUUAGUACAAAUUUGGAUUAGCGCAACCCACAAACUUUGUCGGCUCAUAUCUUCGAAUAAAUUCAAUUUCAAAAAACAAAAAGACAAAAAUAUUUCUAAAUUUAAUUUGAAACAACAAAUAACACUUAAAAGUUUACAUAUUUCGCACUAAGGGUCGAUUGUUCCAACUUCUUGGUAAACUACCUAUUAGGUAAAUAUAUGUUUGUCUUUAUUUAUUUAAGAAAAGAAAUAAAGAUAGACAAAUGCUUACCUGAUAGGUAAGUUUACCAAGAAGUUGGAACAACCGGUCCUAUAUGAUAAUAUUUUGCAUUAAACUUUACGAAAAAACGGUUAAAAUUAUUUUUAUGCAAAACUUGAUUUUACCUAAUACAGCAAUUUUGUAACGUUCCGUACAAACUGGGUGAAAAAUAUGCGAAGCAUUUCGGCAUUUGCCCUUUAGCUCCUAGGGACACACUGGCUCUAUCGAACGGUGGACUAAUGCUUAGAACCAAAAUUUUUUUCCCCCCCGGCUUUCCCACCCCUUUUUGUUUAAAAAUCACGCAUUUCAAAAUUUGCUCAGAUUAUGCUAAUCCAGAUAGUACCCUGAGGGUUAAUAAAAUUACGAAAAUUUGUAUUCUUUUUGGAAAUUAUUGAAAAUGCUGAUUUUUUUUUCUUUUUUGCUCUUUUAAAUUACCUAAAAAUUAAGCACAUAAACGAAAAACAAAACUUUUCGUGUAUAACGAUUAAUUAAUUGAUUGAUUUAAUUACGAAAAUGUAUUUGAAUAUAGAAAAAUUAGAAUUUUUACACAUUUACCAAGAGAAAAUUGAUGAAUUUAAUAGAUUCAAAAAAGAUUUUUUUGAAAGGAUAUCUAACGGUUGUUGCGGGACACCUUGUACAAGUUCCAAGCUGCCAAUCGAUUCUCGUCUGGGUCCAAAAAAAGAGGCAAGAAGGAAAAAAAUCAAUUUCUUGCAUCUCCUUCCAGAUCACGAUGCUCCAUGACGUAAAUUAAUGAACGGUCAGAUAAUGACCCAGAUCGAUAGCAAUAAAUAAACGCAAACAAUUAUAGCGGGCCGAAAGUCCGUUUUAGUCUGUAUUUAGACAGUAUUACUAGAAAAAAAGAAAGAUCUAGAUAGAGGAGUUAAAAGUGGCAAUCAGAUUGGCAAACUGGACCAGCGAAUCUUUGAUAAAUAAUUUUAGAGUAUAUGAUACUUAUAUACAGAAACAUUUCUAUAGAAAAAGAAAGAGGAAGAAAGGGAGAGAAGACUAAAUAAGUAAAAACUGUUAGUUCCUAGUUAACAAAGAAGAGAUGGGCAUGCUUCGAUUGCAUGUUUAGCGCAAAGUUUGUUUUCUCUCAAUUCUCACUCUAUAUGGGACAUUUAUUACUUUUUUCAUUAUCAAUGGAUCUCUUGUCAAUUUGAAGUCGACCUUUUUAUAAUAAAAAUGAAAAAGCAACUUCAAAUUAUUUACAAAUAAUAACAUUUGCUGACGUUUGAGCCCAUAUAAAAAUAUUGAGGACAUGGAGUUUUAAUUAGACAAAAAGGAAGAAUAAUCGGAGAUAAAUGUUUAAUAUAAAUUGUUUGAUCAUCUUCGAUUACUCUUCUUAGCGCUAAACACACGAAGGAAGAACGGGCUAAAAAGAUGUACAAGCCGAGUACCUGUUGAGGACAAGCCGCAACUGUGAUCGUGGGGUUGUUUUCAGAUUUUUUUUACACGCACAAUAGAAAAAAGGCGGCCAUUUGAUAAAAUUCAUGUAAGCGUCCCAGUGAUGGACCAGACCUAUAAAUACUAAUACAAAAACUUAUUAUUAAUCUCAAAUGCUUUUUUUUUAUUAGAAUAUUAAAAUUUAGUUACAAUCUUGAAUAUUUAAAUAUUACAAUUAAAUUUUAAUAUUAUAAUAAAAAACAGUUGAGAUUAAUAAUUUUUGUAUAAGUGUGUGGAUAUACAGGUACACAUAUCCAGUCACUUGGACAUUUACCUUACGAUUAAAAAAGAAAAAAUAAUUGAUGUGAAAAGAUUCAUUAAAAGCAAAAUUUAUGCAUUCGUGGAACCGAGAAUCUAUGCCAAGGAUUAAUUAAAUUGAAAAUUGUGUGAGACUUCGUGGAACUGCCAUGUGUCGAAAUUUCUUUUUAUGUAAUUAUUUUGAAAAAUAUGCGUCAUGGCGCAUAUAUAUUUGAUAAUGUAAAAUACCCAAGUACUCAAAAAUAUACUAUAUUUUUUCAUUAUCUGGAUAUAAGAAACCACGAACUUAAAAGUUAUUAUAUUAAAAAAAAGGAAACUGUAAUGACUCUGAGAUCGGUAUUUAUAGUUGAAUUUUAUAUUUAAGAUUAUCUUAAUUAUUAUGUUAUGAUGCCAUCAACUAAUCUCAGAGCCCUAUUAACAUCUUAAGACAUUAUUUGAGACGAUCUUGAAAUAAGACUCGACUAUGAAUGCCGGCCUUAAAAGUUGGAUUUGACAUUAUAUUGGAAAAUAUGAAAUGUGCAAUAAAUAUUGUCGAAUCCGUCCAGCGUGAGUCAUUGUUUUCUUUAUUACUAUUCAACAAGAAUUGAAACUUAGAACCAUUCGUCAAAUUGUUUCGAGUAUAAUGAUCAAAAUUAUUAGGAUUUGACAAUUGCUAUGGUGGAUCUAGAAUAGUAAUCUCUUGCAGCACAUCGCGUAUGUUUUGAAAAGUUAAUAAAAA